AUAAAACGAGGCAUCCCCCAAGAAGGCUCUCACUCCUAGAACUUGAGAAGGAAAAUGGAUUGAUAAUCCAAUGCUUACCAACAAAUUAUUGAUGAGACCCCCCUUCAAAUUCAUACAAGAUAUAGUAAAAGAGAUCAAUAUGAGAUACAAAGUUUUCGAUAAUAUAUAUACGGCAAAAGAUUAUGACUCGAAAACUAACAAGUCGAAAGCUGAAAAACUAGAAUUUUUGAACAAAUUAAUCGAUUUCGCAAAUAAGGAAUCACAUUCUAAAUUAAAAACUACUGCUUUAAAGAUGGUAGCAGGAUUAGAACCAGAAUCUACCAAUGCUCUACUACAAACCUUUGGCAAAAUAAUUGAAAAAAAAAAAAAAAUAACUCAGGCAGAUGCAAGAAGUAGGACAUCCUCUAUUCAAAAUAGCAAUACAAAUCCUAUAUAUACCCCAUUUAAAACUACUAAUUUAACACCUUUACCAAGAAAGAUAAGCGGAAUUUCUCCAAAAAAUUCUAUUGAAACAAUAAAACAACUCACAUCACCAAAUACAAUCAAAUCCGCGCCUAAGAACAUUGUCAGAUCCCAUCUUAAAACUAACAAAGUUAAGAAGCAAGAAAACAAAUGCAAAAAUGAGAAAUUUGAGAUUUUAACCGCUAUUCAAAUUGGAAACGAGGUUGAUAAAAAGACUACUUAUAAUACGCCUGUUCAAGAAUUAUCAAUCGCCAAAAAUAAAAAAGGGGAUAUAGAAGUCUCAGAUCGUUCAAAAAAUGUUUUGGAAACAAUUAAAAAUCCAUAUAUUAUUCCCACGGUCGUUAAAGCGAAGGAAAAAAAUUUGCAAGAUAUCUUAUCUAGCUCUGGAAUUGCCUUGCAAAGAUCUAAAGAGCUAUCAAAUGAAAUUAUGAUUGACAAAAUUACUUCCAUAUGGCAGAGUUUAGAGCCUCUGAAUACUUUGUUAGUUAGAUUGGAAAAAGACUAUUCAUUUCUAACUGAGGAAUUGUCUAGCUGGAGAAUUAAAAGACAAGAAUCAGACACAUCUUUGGCAAAAGCUAGACAGAACUAUUCAAAUUAUCAAGAUGAAAUUAAGGCUAUAUUAAAUGACAUUUCUAAAAUUGAUAAAAGAAACAACGAAUUUGAAGUCCAAAUCAAUUUAGAAAAUUUUGCUAUGAGAAUGAAUAAAGAAAACACGUCAAUUUGA